UGCGUCGGUCGUGUCAAACGAGUGUGGGUAAACAAAAAAUUCUUCCGUUUUCGGCGAAGAGCUGCAACAGAAUCCGUUUCAGUAGUUUAGAUAUUCGGAGUUUCACUCGUAUUUCGUUAACAUAUUGGCUAUAAGAAAGUGCUGAACCAAUGCCAAAAGAUGCUGGCCAAAUAUUGUCGUGUUUGCUUAAGUAGCCUCGGUGUAGUUCAUCGACUAAACGAACAAGUGCAUAAAACGAUGACUCUCUAUGCAAUGCUGUGCAAAAUGUAUCCUGAAGCCUUCAUUGAGUAUGACGAUCCUCAAUGGCCAACAAGAGUUUGCGGAAACUGCAAGCGCAGCAUUUUAAAUGCCUUCAGGUUGUACACAGUGUGUAUGGCAUCCUUCGAAGUAUUUAAGAAUGAACUGCAGCAAAGUUCGAUCAAAACGGAGCGGGAUGAAAUAGAUGGCAAAGAGGCGGUUAUUAUCAUAGACGGCGAGGAAAACGACCAGCAUUUUUUAUCAAGUGACCACGAAGAAGGAUUGAAAACGAUAAAAGUAAAAACAAGCGUUAAAGAACAUGAUCUUCUUGAAAUUCUUGUAUUGAAUGAGGAUCAAGCAAGCGACUCAGAAGCUCAACCGCAAGGCUUGGAAUAUGAUGACUUAGAUGCCUCCCAGGAAAUUAAUUCUAACCAAUGGGAAAAUGCAAUGGUUGAAAGGGCGAUAGCAGUACCAGAAGUAUCAGAUGCCAUCGUGGAUUCUGAUUGCAUGAUAGAUGAUACGGAAGAAUCGGAAGAUGAAAGUGUUUUUGGUGAAAUAUUUUCGUCUCAGAUAUUCAGUUGUAAAUCAUGUAAAGACGUAUUUGAUGACAAAAAAACACUAGAGAAACAUCUUAAAUAUCAUAGAGUAGGGUUUCAUAUUUUUUGCAAAAUGUGCCAUAAGGCAUUCAAGCACCAAACUGCUCUUUAUGCUCAUAAAUGUGCUUUCGAUUCCUCGACCCUAUGUUGGAUAUGUGGAAAAUUGUUGGAUACCCUAGAAACGCGUAAGAUACACAUGGAAACCCAUAUGCCGGAGGGUUUGUGGGCCUGUCAGCUCUGCCCGUUACGAUUCUCGACCCAAACUGCGAUGGAAAACCACGAAUACAUGCACAAGAAGGACAUACGACAUUGCUGCGAUAUAUGUGGAGUGAACCUAUCAUCAAAGCGUAAUUUAAAAUACCACCAGGUUGCUGUCCACGGAGGAGGAGUAGAGAAAUUGCACCAAUGCAAUGUGUGUGGUCGCAGAUUUUCCCUUCCUUGUAUGCUUAAGACGCACAUGAACACCCAUACGGGGCUGAGACCGUACAGUUGCGUGUAUUGUAAUCGUGUUUAUGGAAAUGGAAGCGAUUUGGUAGAGCAUGUCGCCAAGCAUCACGUUGGUAACGACAAUAUCUAUCAAUGCCAUCUGUGCGAUGCUGAUUUCGCGAAGAUAAGGGAUCUUAAAGCCCAUUACGAGGUACAUGACAAAAACGGUAAGAAGUUACACAACGAAAUUCUAACAGAUUUUGGAAAGUUCCGGUUUACCAUUACCGAUCUAUUAAAAAUGCGACACCAAAAGGAAAUGGUAGCAGUAUCUAGCAUAGUUUUACCAGAUCUAUGAUAAUCGUCUUAAACAUAGACAAUAUUGACGAUAAGCAGCGAGUGCCCUCAACUUUCGUGGUUAUUCUUACGGAUAAAUUAUAUUAAAAUUAUUAAGAUUAUUAAAAAAGAUUUUGUUAUUGUCCUUUUAAGAAUCGUUAUUCCUCAAUUGUCUAUCAUUAUGACACAGAAUUAAAUUAUACUUUCUGGAGGGAGAGGG